AUGGAGAAUUUCGGGCGGAUGGUCCCUCAACGUCUUUCAAAUAUAAAUGAGGAGCUGAAGCGCGCGUGCCAGUAUCAGACGUUUCUGGCAGUAGGUUCCGAGGCCCCUGAAGACCCGGACGCUUCUGGCUAUGGGCUUUCCACGGACAGGGCCAAAGACGAAUGUGCACUGGUGGUCAGAUGCCAAACUCAAAAAGAGGGCCUGACAUUCUUGAUCGACUUUGACAGCGCCGUUUUGGACAGGACACAGGUUGUGCAUGUAGCUCACCAGCUUGAGCACAUUCUGCGCCAGAUGUCAACGUGCGGUGACCAAAGACAGCUACGUACUAUUGAUGUGGCAAGCCCUCUGGAUCUCCGUGACAUUUGGCUACGCAAUGCGGUUGCGCCAGAGCCGGUGCUGGCCUGUGUGCAUGACCUGAUUGCGGCAGCUGCCCGGAUACGACCUGAUGCACCCGCAGUUUGCGCCUGGGACGGCGAACUUACACAUCAGCAGCUCGAUGCGCUGUCGACCAGGCUUGCACAGCAAUUUGUGCAACUGGGCAUUGUACGGGGGGCCUCUAUAUGCUUGUGCUUCGAGAAGUCGGUCUGGACGCCCGUCGCGAUUCUUGGUGUCGCCAAGGCCGGCGCCGUUUCGGUCAACCUCGACAUAUCGCAACCAGAAGAUCGUUUGCGAGCCGUUGUUGGUCAGGUGGCCCCCAGAUUAAUACUAUCAUCUGGGGACCAGUCACCCCUGGCCAAUCGACUCGGGCCGUCCGAGGUGUUUACGGUUGGCAAGGAGCUGGAGAAUCUUGAUCCAUCCACCACCAAGCUUCCGCCGGUUAGUCCCGAGGACAAUCUCUACAUUGUCUUCACGUCUGGUAGUACAGGAACACCAAAGGGGGUUAUGGUAACCCGCGGCAACUUCUGCAGCGCCAUCAGGCAUCAAAAAGCUCUUGGCUUUAGGUCUACGUCUCGAGUAUAUGACUUUGCCUCGUAUGCUUUUGAUGUAUCCUGGUCCAACCUGCUGCACACGCUGGCAGCGGGUGGUUGUCUUUGCGUUCCUUCGGAUCAGGACCGGAAGCAAGACCUGGCAAAAUCAAUGCGUGCCCUAGGAGCAAACUACGUCGAUCUCACUCCGACUGUUGCCCAACUCCUGUCCAUUUCCGAGACACCGCAGCUGAAGACGUUGAAUCUGGGUGGCGAGGCGUUGGUACCGGGCACGUUCGACCAUUGGCCGGACGACAUAAGAAUCAUCAACGCGUAUGGUCCUGCCGAAUGUACAGUUGUCAGCACGUACACGGAGGUUGGUCGGGCCAAACAGGACCGCGGCAUUGGGACAGCGCUUGGCACAGUCGCCUGGGUGGUUGACCCCGACGGAAACAGACUGGCCGCUUUUGGGACCGUGGGCGAGCUUUGGAUUGAAGGACCGCUUGUCGCGCGAGGUUACCUUGAUGAUGUCGAGCGAACUGCCCAAGCCUUUGUUCGGGACCCGCCGUGGCUCCUUCGAGGGACGGCGGGCUACCCCGGACGCCACGGUCGACUCUACAGGACUGGAGACGUGGUGCGCUAUAAUCCGGAUGGUUCACUUUGUUACUUGGGACGGGCUGACACCCAAGUGAAAAUCAACGGCCAACGGGUCGAGCUGGGCGACAUUGAACACCACAUUCGACAAGCCUUGAGUGCAAUUUCCCCUGAUUUUAACGGCAUCGUCGUGGCAGAGGUGGUGCAUCCCCUAGGUAGCGACCAUCCGGUGCCGUUGGCCUUAUUUGGUCCAUGCAACCAAGCAUACGAAAGCGAGGCGGCUCGACACGAUGAUGUUGACAAUGCAAUGCUCAGGAGAAUCACCUCAGGCCUCAAUGAGCGACUGGACAAGGUCCUUCCACCCCACAUGAUUCCAAGUGCCUACGUCUCGGCAAGGGACGUAUCCAUGACAGCCGCGACCAAAGUCGAUCGGCGUCGGAUACGACAGACAUAUGCGUCAUUGGAGUUUGGGCAAAUCGCCGGACUGGGCCCCGCGUCAGACGAGCGACGACGGCCCCAGACAUGGCAGCAGCGGCAGCUACAGUCGCUGUGGGCACGUGUGCUCGGUAUUGGCACGGACCGCAUUGGGUUGGACGACAACUUCUUCCGCAUGGGGGGCGACUCGGUUGGGGCCAUGAAGCUUGUGGGCGCGGCAAGGGAGCAGGGCUUGUCGUUGACGGUUUUGGACAUCUUCGCCCACCCAGGCCUGCAAGAGCUGGCAGGUUUGCUUGUUGCCAAGGAGGGGGAUGACGCCCAGGUGAGCAUUUCUCCGUUUUCGCUGCUCGGCGCAGCCGUGGACAUAGACGGCGCCGUGCGGAAAGCGGCAUCGAUGUGUGGGACUGCGCCAGAGCAAGUCCAAGACAUGUUCCGUUGCACUCCUCUGCAAGAAGGCUUGCUGGCCAUGACGGCGCGACGUUCCGGAGACUAUGUUGCACGCUUUAUUUACAAGAUGCCUGCCGAUGUGGACCUUGGCUGUUUCGUGGAAGCCUGGACACGGAUCACGGACAACGCACCGAUACUGCGAACCCGCAUCGUUGACCUCCAAGACGCUGGACUUUUCCAGGUCGUCACAAAGGGUCAGUUGCCGUGGAGGUCUGGAGAUGGCGUGGGAGAGUUCUUGGAAAAAGACAAGCAACAGCCGAUGGGGCUCGGGACCGCUCUCACCAGACUCGCUCUGGUGACCAGCCCGUCCAGCGGUCAAGUGUACUUUGUGUGGACCAUUCAUCACGCACUAUACGACGGGUGGUCCAUGCCACUGAUGCUGAAGGCGGUAGAUGGAGCAUAUCGAGGGCAAUCACCCCCAGCAUGGACGCCCUUCCAACGGUUUGCGCAACACGUCGACGGCGUGGACGGACAAGCAGCGGCCGACUUCUGGCGUAGGCAGUUUGAGGGCUCAGAUGCGCCUCAGUUCCCCCCUUUGCCCUCUCGCGAUUAUCAUCCUGCCGCCGACAGCGGGCUACGCCACGAGAUCCGGGGGCUCGAGUGGGGGGGGAGUGAUUUCACAGCGUCAACAUUGAUCCGCACUGCAUUGGCAAUCGUUAUAGCACGACAUGGCGCCGUCGACGAAGCUGUAUUUGGAGCAACCGUGUCGGGACGACAGGCGGCCGUACGGGGCAUUGACCUCGUCAUGGGACCGACCUUUGCCACGGUCCCGGUCCGCGUGCCGAUAGACUGGGCGGCCAGCGUUGAAGACGUCUUGCGUAAGUUACAGCAUCAAGCGAUGCAGAUGAUUCCGUUUGAGCAGUUGGGCCUGCAAACCAUUCGAGCCAUUAGCGACUACGCAGAGCGAAGCUGCAACUUCCAAACGCUCCUUGUGGUGCAGCCCGAGGAGGGGAAAGCCGCCGACAAGACCAGCCUGUUCUGCCAGCCUGCGCAAGACGCCAAGUCCGUGAUUGACGCCUUUGCUACAAAUUCCUUGGUCAUUGAGUGUCUCCUCAGGAACCGUGGCAUGCAUCUGCGUGUCUCGUUUGAUUCAGCCGUGGUGCAACAGGCCGAGGUGGAAAGACUAGCACAGCAGCUUGAGCACUUGCUGCGACAGCUUUGUUGUCCCGAGAGCAGGCGUGCGAGCAUCGGCGGCCUUGACAUGCUGAGCGACAACGACCUCGAGACGAUAUGGCAGUGGAAUGGUGUUCUGCCUGCUCCAGUUGACAGUUCGGUGCAGCAGCUCCUUGCCAAGACGUUCCGCCAGCAGCCCGGCAUGCCGGCCAUCUGUGCGUGGGAUGGAGAGCUCACAUACCGAGAGUUGGACGUGCUGUCGACUCGCCUGGCCCGUCACCUAGUCAAGGAACUACGAGUCGGCCCAGAAGUCGUCGUCCCGCUGCUGUUCGAGAAAUCAAAGUGGAUGCCUGUGUCCAUGCUGGCCACCAUCAAAGCCGGUGGUGUGUCCGUCGCCAUAGACCCUUCACAGCCAGAACACAUGUCGCAGCGCAUCGUGGACGAGGUGGAGCCCAGAGUCAUCUUGUCCUCGUCGUCUCAAGAGCUGCGGGCGAAGCGACUUGGUCAUGGAUGCAAGGUGGUCACUGUCCAUGAUGGUCUACGCGCCAUUGCCACAUGCAAUGACGACGACACCGACUUGCCAAACGUUGGUCCCGACAACAGGCUCUACAUUGUUUUCACGUCGGGUAGCACAGGCACGCCCAAGGGGGCCACCAUCACCCACGGCAAUUUCUGCAGCGCCAUGACACACCAGCAAUUGCCACUUGGAUACACGUCCGAGUGCCGCGUCUUUGACUUCGCCUCCUACGCCUUUGACGCUGCCUGGUCCAACCUCCUGUACACUCUGUUCGCCGGGGGCUGCGUGUGCAUCCCAUCAGAACUGGAGCGAAAGCGUGAUCUCGCUGGUUCCAUCAGGAGAUUAAAGGCAACGUAUCUCGAUCUCACGCCAUCCGUCGCCGAGCUGCUCGCGGGCUCCCAUGUCCCGCUCGUCAACCACGUCGUCUUGGGAGGCGAAGGACUGACCGAGGCUGCAUAUUCCCACUGGCCAGACCAUGUUCGGCUCACCAAUACCUAUGGCCCAGCCGAGUGUACAAUCAACAGCACAUCGACCCCGAUCAGUCCACACGAGAAGCACCGGCGUGGAAUCGGCACUGGCAUCGGCACCGUGACCCGGGUCGUUGCCAACAACGGCCAGCUGGCUCCUAUCGGCGCCAUCGGGGAACUCUGGCUUGAGGGGCCCAUCGUGGGGCCUGGUUACUUCAACAUGCCGACCCAAACAUGUGCAUCGUUUGUCGAGAGCCCGGCAUGGCUGCUCGAGGGUCGCCGUGACGGCCUCUCAGGACGGUGCGGCCGCUUGCACAAGACGGGCGACUUGGUUAGGUACAACGCUGACGGUUCGCUUGCAUUCAUCGGCCGCAAAGAUACGCAGGUCAAGAUCCGUGGUCAACGCGUCGAACUCACCGCGAUUGAGGACUAUGUGCGCCAACUGCUCCAUGGCGAGGAUUCAGACCAACAAGACGCUUUUCAAGGCACCUUGGUGGCCGAAGUGGUGACGCUUCGAGACAGGAAGCAGCCCAUGCUCGUACUUUUCAUCCACCCAGGGGACGCUCAUGUCGGAACCGAGCAACAGAACAUAGAGGCGGUCCGGCGGGUUGCGGCUCCUCUGGCAAAGCGACUGGCUGGCUCGGCGCCUCUGUACAUGCUUCCCAGCGCCUUCUUGCCUCUACAAAGCGUACCGAAACUCAGUUCGGAAAAGGUCGACCGACGCCAACUGCGUGCCACCAUCUCCUCGGUCACAUGGGACGAGGUGGCGGCCCGGAAUGUGCUGGCCACGUCGAGGGGUACGCGGCGAGCUCCUGAAAGCCGGCAACAACGACGGAUGCAGACCCUGUGGGCUCAAGUUCUGGACCUCGACGCCAAGUCCAUCGGCCUGGAUGACAAUUUCCUACACCUUGGAGGCGACUCGAUCAAGGCCAUGCGGCUAGCUGCCGCUGCGAGGGAAGAGGGCAUCCUACUCCACGUGGCCGAUAUUCUACGUCAUCCGAACCUCGAUGGACUGACCGACUGCGCUAAAUUUGACCACGAUGAAUGCGAACAAGACAUCGCUCCAUUCUCUCUCCUCGGCGCCAAUGUUGACGAAGCCGCCAUUCGAGCACAUGUGGCGUCGAUGUGCAGAAAUGCCCAGAUUUAUGACAUGUUUCCCUGCACGCCGCUUCAGGCCGGUCUCUUUGCCUUGAGCAUGCAGCAGAAGGGCAGCUACAUAGCUCGUUUUGUAUACGAACUCCGGCCUGACGUCCACGUGUCACGUUUCACCGAAGCGUGGGACCACGCAGUCAACAUGUCGCCCAUCCUGCGAACAAGGUUCGUCCAGCUUCCGGGACGUGAAAUCUGUCAAGUGGUGAUAGCCAAGCAAGACCAAGACCAUUGGCUAUCUGGAGACGAUGUCGACGCCUACAUUGAGGAAGACCGGCGUCGAACCAUGGGUCUGGGUGAGCCGCUUUCACGGACAGGUCUAGUCCGGGGCGGCAAAUCAGGAAAAGUCUUCUUCAUCUGGUCUGUACACCAUGCUUUGUACGACGGAUGGUCGUUGACGUUGCUCCUCGACAUGGUUCAGAGCCAUUACGAGCGAGUCUCGAGCCCUACACCGGUUCCGUUCCAGGCCUUCGUCAAGCAUCUAGCCUCGAUUGACGACGGGCUGGCUGAUGCAUACUGGGAAAGAGAAUACGAGGAAUUAGAGACCCAAAUAUUCCCGGUCCUGCCGUCCUCGGCAUACAUCCCGCGCGCCAACCAAAGUCUCAGACAUCAGGUACAGCCUCUUAGAUGGAGCCAAACCAACUUCACAGCAUCGGCCGCGAUCCACCUAGCAUGGGGCAUUCUUGCUGCAAAGCGCAGUGCCACGAGCGAUGCAGUGUUUGGAGCGCUGGUCUCGGGACGACAAGCCCCUGUUGCUGGAAUCGAACGUGUCCUGGCGCCCACAAUCGCAACAGUGCCGGUUCGCAUUGCCGUCGGCUGGGACCAGACGGUGGGGGCAAUGAUGAGAAGGGUCCAAAAUCAAGCAGCCGACAUGGUGCCCUUUGAACAAACAGGUCUUCAGCGGAUCCGACGGGUCAGCCAAGGCGCGAGCCUCGCCUGUCGAUUCCAGACAUUGCUGGUCGUUCACCCGGUAAAGUUAGAGUCGGAGAAGUCGCGUCUUUUUGCGCCUAGACAAGAUGAGGUCGACGAAGAGGCAGAAGCCAUGGUCAACUUCAGCACAUAUGCACUCACGGUCCAGUGCCAGCUCCAAGAGCGAGGCAUGCAGAUUCUAGCUAGCUUCGACUCGUCAGUUGUACAAGAGUCGGUCGUCAGUCGUUUGCUCCAGCAGUUUGAGCACGUCCUACGACAGGUGCUGGACACGAGCAUGCAGGCGACCCGGGUGCGAGACUUGAGCAUUGCAAGCGCCGAGGACCUGAGCGACCUCUGGCGGUGGAACGCAUCAUUGCCAGCACCGGCCAAUGGAUGCAUCCACGACUUGAUUGCGGACAUGACGCGCCGACAGCCCCGGGCGGCUGCCAUUGAAGCAUGGGAUGGAGCUUUGACAUAUCAACAACUCGACGACUUAUCGGAUCAACUGGCGCACAAUAUCCGGGAGCUUGGAGUCGGGCCUGAGGUCACGGUUCCGCUGUGUUUUGAGAAGACGAUGUGGAUGCCAGUCGCCAUGCUCGGCGUGUUGAAGGCAGGUGGCGUUUUCGUUCCGGUUGAUGUCGGUCAAGCCCAAGACCGCGCGCGAAUGGUCCUUGCAGCCAUACGACCAGUCGUCAUUGUAACAUCAAGACGAUACCAGGCCUUUGCUCAACAGGAGGGCUUCCCUACGGUUCAGCCGCAAAAUUUGGUGACUCGUGGCGCACAACGUCCGAAACGCUCUUCCGCCGACGUCGGCCUCACUCCCCACUCAGGGGCAUACAUCAUCUUCACGUCCGGCAGCACCGGCACGCCUAAAGGUGUCGUCAUGGAACAUGGAGCUGCAAGCACAAGUCUCGUCGCCCACGGGGCCAAGCUGGGCCUCAACCAGACGACGAGAUUCCUGCAAUUCGCGUCGUAUACGUUUGACGCUUGCAUAAUGGAGAUCCUGACCAAUCUCGUCUACGGAGGAUGCAUAUGCAUUCCGUCCGACGAGUCCAGACUCGAACGGCUGGCUGAGAGCAUGAAUGAAAUGAGAGUCAGCACAAUGUUCGCCACUCCGUCGGUGGCUCGCCUUAUCCGGCCGGACGAGGUUCCAACCCUCCGAACCCUAGCAAUGGGAGGCGAGAAGGUAUCGACGACGGAUACUGCAAGAUGGGCCCAUCUUCCACGGCUCCUGAAUGUCUAUGGGCCCACGGAAUGGUGCGCGGCGUGGGUGGUAGACCCUGCCAAUCCCGACAGCCUCGUUCCCAUCGGAGCAGUCGGCGAGCUGCUGAUCCAAGGUAAUCUCCUAGCCAGAGGAUAUCUCGACGACGAAGCUCGAACACGGGCAGCGUUUAUGGAGAGCCCGCCCUGGCUAACACAACAUGGCCGCUGCGGCCGUCUUUACAAAACCGGAGACCUCGUGCGCUAUAACCCCGAUGGCACCCUCGUAUCCGUCGGCCGCAAGGACAGUCAGGUCAAGAUCAACGGCCAGCGGGUGGAGCUGGGCGAGGUCGAGCAUCACGUACGACAACUCUUGACCAGCCCCUAUCCAACCUACCGAGGCGGCGUCGAGCUGGCAGCCGAGAUCAUCAAGCCUCGAGAUAGUAGCCAGCAAAUGCUGGUCGUCUUCAUCUGCCCAGACAAGGCUUCGUUCCCAUCGGCAGACGAAUGCGCCGCCCAAGUGCGACAAAUGGUGGCUGGCCUGGACGAGAGGCUAACUGGAGUGUUGCCGGCUCACAUGAUCCCAGGUGCCUACGUAGCCCUAGAAGGUGUGCCCAUAACGGCAACGGGAAAGAUGGAUCGUCGCCUCUUGCGGGCCAAGGGAAGCUCCUUGACCACGUCCGACUUGGCUGCCAUGAGCACGCAGAGCACCCUGCCGAAACGACUGCCGGCGACCCAAAUGCAGCGCAUGUUGGCCCAGAUAUGGGCUCGAGUCUUGAACAUCACCACCGAGAUUGGUCUAGACGACAACUUCUUCAGCUUGGGGGGCGACUCCAUUUCCGCCAUGCAAGUUUCGGCAGCAGCACGCUCACAGGGCUUGCACAUCCCCACCAGAGACCUCAAGCUGAGGAGAACCAUUGCGAAGCUCGCCGACUCCUUGCAGGUGCAGCCAAGGGAAAACCGCCAGCUGAUUGCCGGGAUGACCGCUGAGUCUGGCGGUCGAUUCCGUCUGUCGCCGAUCCAACAAUACCAUUUCGAGACGAGGCCUGAGGGCCCUGACUGGGCGGAUCUGCCCUUUUACCUUGGCAUUACGAGACGUGUCCCAACCCAGCUAGUCAUUGAUGCUCUCCACCGACUAGUUGGGAGACAUGCAAUGCUGCGAGCUCGUUUCUGUCCCGAUGAGACCGGGGCUUGGGUGCAGUACGUCUGCGAAAGCACCCAAGACUCGCUUCUGUUUAGGCACUUGGACACGACGAGCCUGUCGCAGAGGGCCGCGACCAUUGCAGAGUGUCGCGCCAGCAUCGACAUCGAGAAUGGACCUUCGUUAGUGGCUGCCCUUUUCGAGGACGAUGGCCAGCAAACACUGUUCCUCACAGCUCAUCAUCUCGUCAUUGACUUCGUGUCCUGGCGUUUGAUUUUUCAGGACUUGGAAGAGCUUCUGACGGGAGGGGGUUUCGCUUCUUCUCCUGUCACGUCGUUCCAGGAGUGGUGCCGCCUGCAGCGAGAUUACGCAACCGAGAACCUGGUGCCCGAGGCGGCCCUGAACCAUGUGCCAUACCAGCCUCCCCCGAACUACUGGGGAACAGACGACGCAGUGCCAGGCAACGAGGUAUACACCCGGAAGCACUUCCUUCUCGACAUGCCCACCAGCUCGGCCAUCCUCGGGCCUUGCAGCGCAAGGCUUCAUGUUCGUCCGCAUGAGCUCAUGAUGGGAGCCUUAAGCUACUCUUUCAGCCGUGUAUUCCAAGACCGCUCAGUCCCGCCGAUUUUCACCGAAGGCCACGGCCGUGAAGCCUGGGAUGAGACUAUUGACCUGUCGCAGACGGUGGGUUGGUUCACGACAGUCUUUCCGGUGCACAUAGAUGCUUCCGAUGAUGAUGGUGUACUCGAUUUCGUCUUCAAGACCAGGGAAAGCCUUCUCAAUACGCCACGUCAGGGCUGGUCCUACUUCGCGUCUAAGUAUCUCAACGGAAGGGGCCGCGAGGCCUUUUCCAAGGAUCGAAUGGAGAUCAAUUUCAACUUUUUAGGUCAAUUCCAGCAGCUUGAGCGAGAGUCGUCGCUGCUACAAGCCGUGAAGCUUCCAGAAAAUUGCCGGCCUCCCGGAAUGGCUCCGAUCGACACGGUCGGCGUCCUCGAUGUCGUCAUCUUCAUAGAGAGGGGCAAAGUGUGUGCCGACCUAAAGUACAACUCGCGGGUCCGACAUCAAGACAAGAUUGAGACAUGGAUUCAGACUUUUGAGAGGACUUUGGUAGAUAUAGUGAGGCCUGCCUUAUGCGCGCGAUUUAUCCCCCCUGUUAAGGAGAGUGGGCAUAAGAGGCCAUAG